AUGGAGGAUACUACUAGGCUGAAUGUAUCCAAGCUGGGUACCAAGAAGUACUGGGAUGAUUUUUAUGCUUUAGAGAGGGAAAAUUUCAGCAAGAAUCCAGAGGAUACUGGUGAAUGUUGGUUCGAUGACAAUGGAGCCGAAGAAAGGAUGGUAGAAUUCUUAGUGGACAACGAUGGCGAAUUGAGGAUAAGCACGCAAUCCAAGAUGAUUGAUCUGGGUACUGGGAAUGGUCAUUUGCUGUUUGAAUUGUGUGAAAACGAUUUUGAUGGUCCCAUGGUCGGCGUAGAUUACUCAGAGGAAAGUGUACAAUUCGCCAGUCAUAUUAGCAAAGCUAAGGGAUACGAUACCAAUACUAGUUUUAUGGCAGCAGACAUUUUUGAUUCGUCAUGGAGUCCGGGGAAAUUCGACAUCGUGCUGGAUAAAGGUACUUUGGAUGCAAUUGCAUUGAGCGGUAAAAAAUUCGCCAAUGACAAGACUGUCAUCGAUGUUUACUCGACUGUGAUCGAGAAAUUGCUUGAAUCAGGUGGUAUUUUCCUAAUUACGUCCUGCAACUUCACUGAACAAGAGUUGAUCAACAUUGUGCAAACAGAUAGGCUGAAGGUAUGGAAAAGGAUCAACUAUCCUGUUUACGAAUUUGGUGGUGUAAAGGGAACCACAAUUUGCAGUGUGGCGUUCGUCAAACAAUGA